UUUCUACAUCUCCGGCGGGCUUUAGGUCAAAACAUCACAGAUAGGGAAAGGGGGGGGGGGUAAACAUUAACCAGAUCAGUGGGUUUACGUGCCACAACAAGUUUUUGCCGCACAAAGCAACAUGGCCACGAGUAGGCCUACUACUGUGUGGUGUAAAGGACAGAUGGUGUACAGGUAUUCUGCGAAUCUGCACCAAGUGACCAGGAGGUUUUCAGAGAGCAGCGACAAAGGCUGGUUCCGUUCCUUAUUUGUGCACAAAGUCGAUGCCAGGAAAGAUGCCCACUCCAACCUGCUGUCAAAGAAAGAGACCAGCAACCUGUAUAAAAUUCAAUUUCACAAUGUCAAACCAGAGUGCCUGCAGGCAUACAACAGUCUAGAGGCUGAGGUGCAAAACAGGCUCCAUCAGGACCAGGAUUACCCAUGUGAGGUGGUCGGAAGCUGGAAUACCUGGUACGGAGAACAGGACCAAGCUGUGCAUCUAUGGCGAUACAGAGGAGGCUACCCAGCGUUGACUGAAUGCCUGAACAAGCUGAACAAUAACAAGGAGUAUUUAGAGUUUCGGAAAGAGAGGGCAAAAAUGUUGGUCUCAAGGCGAAAUCAGCUCCUCCUGGAGUUCAGUUUCUGGAAUGAACCCUUGCCCAGACCAGGACCCAGCAUCUAUGAAAUGCGCACAUAUAACCUCAAGCCAGGAACUAUGAUUGAAUGGGGAAACCACUGGGCGAGGGCAAUCCGGUACAGACAGGAAAACAACGAAGCAGUGGGCGGGUUCUUCUCACAGAUCGGUGACCUAUAUGUUGUUCAUCAUUUGUGGGCUUAUGAAAGCCUUCAGUCCAGGAAGGAGACCAGGAACUCUGCCUGGCAGAAGGAAGGAUGGGAUGCAAAUGUUUACUAUACAGUGCCUUUGAUCAGAAGCAUGGAGUCUAGGAUAAUGAUUCCCACCACGAGUUCACCUUUACAAUAAGGAGAUGACUGACACUCAUUCACCUACAGCCAGAGAGACAUGUAGAUUUCUGCUGGAUGAUCUUUAUUAUGUAAACAAAAAGCAUUUUAUGAUUCCAUGUUUGUACAGCAGCCAGCCAGUCAUGAAAAGUAAUGAUGCAGUGUUUGUGUGCUUAUAUUUUGAGAUUUCUGAAAUGCUGACAUUUCCAGAAGUGUAGGUCAAAUAGGUGGAAGAAGGAAUGACAAACUGGCACAAUGAAAUGCCAAAUAAUUUGUAUUAGAUUACUUGCAUUUAUGCCACAUGCUACUAUGAACUGAAAAUGGCAUGAUUGUUUAGAGCUAGGUGUGGUAUGUUUACUGCUUUUUGUUUUUAUCAUGAAUAAUGGUAAUGAGCAAUGCAUUUGUUUUUCACAAUACUGAAAGAAUAUUCUCCACCCA